UGUCACUCUAUGAUCCGCCAUUGACAGCCGGGUGAUCUCACUGAUAACGUGGUCGGAGCAUCGCUCCGACCGCGUACGGAGCGUGAACAGCUCGAAAAAUAAUAGCAUAAUAAAAAAGUUUGCCUCUGGCCGCGAAUGUCGCGUGCUCUGACAUCGGUGGGAAGAUGAGCAAUGCAGGGGGCUGCAAGCAGUCACCCUGAUCACACGCGCGUGCAUAUCGCUUGCGAGAAAUUCUUGUUUCUUGGCCGGAAUUUUUAGGGACACGCCCACCAUGCUCUUCGGCGCCAACGGCCAUCACAUUAGACGCUUCUACGCACAAAGCAGGCACGAGAAGCCCGGAUAGACGUCUCUGACGCCAGCACGGAGGACGAAGAGCCUGCUUGAGGCAUUGCCGCCGCUGAUGCCAGCAUGGCAGGCAAGUCAUCUCGCGAGAUUUCGACGAUGUCUGUGUCCAACCCCUUCUAGGUCCUCCGCGCUGGAAACAUGGCUGGGAAUAACUCUUUCGAGCCGGCGCUUUCGCUGUUAUCGCUUCGGCUGCCAUUCUGUUCGCCUGCUGCUGGCGCUCUCGGCACGCGUACAUGCCUUUGCCUUCUGCUGUGCGCUGCAAGGCUUUGUUUUUCCGUGGCCAGUGUUUCACCGAUGCAAGGAAAACGGCGGAAAGACCAUAUCCGGAGUUCUGCGCGGCUCAUUGGUGGGCUACCACGUAGAGGGAGAGCAUGGCCACUUUUUUCUGCUUUCAAGAGAAUGAAACUUAUUGGUGAAUGGAAGGAGUUCACCGAAGAGAGCAUCACCGUUUACCCUCAAGUGCUCGAGGCUCGAGAAGACGGAUCGGAAAAAGUUCUCAUCGUUCACAAAGAUUACCACCUCCGCUUGAAGAAAGCGUCCAUUCUCGCUGGCCGUCUUCUACUUCUAAACGUAACAGAAAACGACGUCCUUGAGCAAUAUGUUGACGGUGCCCACUACGAAAGACACCUGUACGAAGAUACGAGCAAGAAAGCCUCCAUACUGCUGAAGCCUCGAGAACAUGGUGAAUACUUUGUUACAGGUCUCAUAAAUUUCACUCAUCGCAUUGAGCCGGUGAUGCUUGUGGAAAGGUCGUCAGACAGAAUAGCCCACAAGAUAGUGCAAAUUGCCAACAUACAAGGGUCAUGUGAGAACGAUCAAGUCAUUGAAAAGGGUCCUCGAGAACCGUCGCCUCCGGAAAUAGAAAUGAGAGGAGCAAUUCCACAAGAAUUUGGUGUCGAGUUGCACUUCAUCAGUGACUACAACCACAGCAAGCACUUCGAAGGGCGAACAGACGAUCACGUCAUGUACGUGACGCUGUUUAUGCAUUCGGUCAGCCUUCGCAUGGACCAGCUUACUCCGCCUGUCCCCAUCGGUAUAACAAAAAUUCAGGUGACGUCAAUGGAUAAAGAAGAGUAUGUUGCGCUGUGGGAUAAUGGUGACCUCAUUGGUAACGAGACGCUUAAGAAGCUGAAUGAUGUAAUACGAAAAGACAAUGACUACCAGAAGUCGGACGUGGUCUACAUGGCAACAGGACGAGAAAUGAUCACUCUUAUUCCCGGAGGCAAGAGCUCAUACAUAUUAGGUUUGUCAGGUGCAGCUCGAGCUUGUGCCGAUGAAAGAGCUGCAGUGGGAGAGGACAUACCGGGCAAGUUUUCGGGAGUGACCACUGCCGCCCAUGAAAUUGGACAUUUAUUAGGUUCUCCUGACGACAGCCCAGGCAAGUGGGGUAAUUGCAAAACGGAAGACGGAUACCUAAUGAGCAGAUAUGCGAAAGGGAAACGUCACUUCACUUUCUCAAAUUGCAGCAAGAAUGCCAUCGCUGCGUUCCUGAAGUUAGAAACAUCUACCUGCUUGACAAAAAGAACCAACUGUCAUAUUGUGUCCUUCCCCAACAAGGCAUUAAAACUUCCCGGACAUGUGAUGAGCGGCGAUACCUAUUGCAAACUAUUCUACUCAGGGUUUGCCGCUGCUUACUUUCUUGAGCUUUUCGCGUUCCUCAAGAAGUGCAAGGUUCCUUGCCUGGUUAAGGACAAAAGAAUCAAUAAGCUGAGGUUUUUGACGACUAUAGCACCGGAUGGCACGCGUUGCGACUACAAUGAUCGAUACAAGGUUUGCAAAAAUGCCAUCUGCGUAUGAGCGCAUGAUCACUUUCACUUGGAGAAUGACUGCUUGUCUCUGAAACGUUUUUCCAUGGACCUCUCGCGCCAGAAUACAUUGUCUUGUAUAUCAAUCAGUCCGUCGCGAUAAACUUUGUUCGUGAUGCUCCUUCUGAGUGUUGAAUAAAUGUUGAUUUUUGUGAGUAGCAAACAAUGUACUUUCUCAUGGCAGAAAAGUGAUAUAAAAACCUGA